CACACGAAGGACACAGACUUUUCUCUUUCUCAUCUUCAUCUCUCUCUUGUUUCUCUCUCUAGAAACUUUCUCUCUCUAGAAAAAUCAAAGCAAUGGCUGCUGAAGUUAGUUCUCUAAUUCGUGUGCUUGGUGGUGGUGGUAAUGGAUACAAAGAUGAACAACAUCGAACGGUGGGAAAUGAAUCUCAUGGUGAGAAAUCAACGGCUCUGAUUACAAGAGACUUACUUGGUGGGUCCGGAAAUGAAUCCCAAGAAUUAGAUCUUGAUUUGCAGGUUCCUACUGGCUGGGAAAAACGUCUUGACCUUCAGUCAGGGAAAGUGUAUAUUCAGAGGUGUAACACAUUACCAUCUUCACCAAUUUCUGAAAUGAAAUCAACUGCACCAAAAUUUCAAGACCUAAAUUUCCCAUCAUCGCAACAAUCAAAUGUUGCGUUGAAUUUAUUCGAUGAAACAAGUUUAGACCUGAAACUCGUUUCAUCGACUUUACCAUCGAACAAUUACCAAAGUGUGUGCACACUAGACAAAGUGAAGUCGGCCUUAGAAAGAGCUGAAAAGGAACCGUUAAGGAAAAGAGCAUCGUUUUUGAAAUCGUCGAUUUCAACAACAUCGCCUUCUUCAUAUUCAUCUUCUUCAUCUUCAAUCAGAGAAACAACAAAUCAUAGAGAGGAAGAAGAAAGCGAAGAGAAAAUGGUUUCGUCACCAAUGGCUGCGGGGUGUCCGGGAUGUUUAUCAUAUGUUUUGAUAAUGAAGAAUAAUCCUAAGUGUCCUAGGUGUAAUUCGGUUGUUCCAAUUCCAAUCAUGAAGAAACCUAGGAUUGAUCUUAAUAUUUCGAUUUGAUUAAUAGUUGAUUAAGGAUAAUUGGUGAUUAAUUAUUACCUACAUUUUUAUUAUAAUUUUUCUUUUUACUUUUUUGUAAAUUGAAUGAUAGAUAAAUUUAGGUGGUUUAAGGAUAGGAUCAAUUUUAAGGGUGUUGGCCAGGGGGUUUAUGUAUAUUGAAAAGUUACUGCAGUUUACUAGAGAAUCUAAUGGAAAUUUUUUCAAUUUCUACUUUUUA